GACGCACCGCGCGAGAGUAACCCUAAUGUUAAUAAUCGUUAUUAUCCGAGGAUGACAGUUUAUACUUAAAGCUCGUGUCCACAAACUGCCUGACUCAGCGCGAGGAGACGAGCCGUGUCGUUCCGAUGGUGCGCAAAGUCCCGCGGACACAUCCUGGGAUAACUUGCACACACAGCCGAGCGCGUUUCUAAUGUAACACGGUGUUACAUGUUCAUUUCACCGGAGCGUUACUGUGGAGAAGAGCGGGGAACGGGAGCUUCACGGGAGUGCCCGCCUGCCGGAGCGACAUCAUAGAUUUCCUGCGCUAUCGCAGCGGAGAGAGGGGGAGGAGGAGUGUGGAGAGCGCUGAUUCACGGCUUGCAGGAGGAGGGAGAGCCGUGCGGACGACCUGGCUCUGAAGAUCCAUCUCUAAUCUUAAAAUAUCGACACCCCCCCCCCCCCCCACCGCCGCCUCCUCCUCCUCCCUCGUCAUUGACAGCUCUGCGACCCGGUCAAUCCGUCAGACAGGGAGGAUCUGUGGAGGAGGGCGCCAAAGGCAGAGAGGAGAGGACGAUCACCUCUGGACGGCUUGAUCCAAUCUCCAGCACCGAGCAGGCUGGAGAGCUGCCUACAGGAGGGGACACAUCCAACCUGCGGAUCCACUGAGGCUGCGGAGAGGGUGAUCUGACCAGCACCAUAAUAAUAUUAAUAAUACAGGAGCUAUUUCUACAUAAACUCCCCGGAAUACAAAUCCAGGUGGUGGGUGGAGAUAAAGCACAGCCCAGUGCUGGAUCCCAGAGGGCCUGUCAGCGUGGUAAGGACCCUUGAGACGAAGGAGGGUGCAUGGAGGGUUCAAGGCCCGUGAAGCCGGGGUCGUCGGCCUGCCUCUGGUUGGGGCUGGUCUCUGUGGCUGUAGCCUUCCUCUGCACAGAGGCCCGCACCACUCCUAGCCCUCUGCUGACCCCCAGCAAUGCGACCUGCGCGGGAAACUCCAAAUGUAAAGCGGGGAUCAUCCUGCCCAUCUGGUAUCCCGAGGAUCCCUCCAUGGGAGACAAGAUUGCACGGGUCAUUGUGUAUUUUGUGGCCAUGAUCUACAUGUUUCUCGGAGUGUCCAUCAUUGCAGACCGAUUCAUGGCGGCCAUCGAGGUCAUCACCUCCCAGGAGAGGGAACUUGUCAUCAAAAGGCCCAAUGGGGAAACUACCACCACCACGAUUCGGGUGUGGAAUGAAACGGUCUCGAACCUCACCCUCAUGGCCUUGGGCUCCUCCGCCCCGGAGAUUAUGCUCUCUGUAAUAGAGGUUUGUGGACACGGGUUCAAAUCUGGAGAGCUCGGGCCAGCUACUAUUGUCGGCAGUGCAGCCUUCAAUAUGUUUGUCAUCGUCGGCAUCUGCGUGUCUGUAAUUCCCCAAGGAGAAGUACGCAAGGUCAAACACCUCAGAGUGUUCUUCAUCACUGCAGGCUGGAGCAUCUUUGCUUACAUCUGGCUCUACAUGAUUCUGGCCGUGUUUUCUCCCAACGAGGUCCAGGUGUGGGAGGGUCUGCUCACGCUGGCCUUCUUCCCCAUAUGUGUGCUCCUCGCGUGGGUCGCCGACAGACGACUGCUCUUCUACAAGUUCAUGCACAAGAAGUACCGCACCGACAAACACCGAGGUGUCAUCAUCGAGUCGGAGGCGGAGCGCGCCAAGGGGAUUGAGAUGGACGGCAAGAUGGUCAACUCUCAUUUCAUGGACGGAGGAGUGGCGAGCAAUCUCAUCGGUUUGAUCGAGAGCAAAGAAGUAGACGAGUCCCGGCGCGACAUGAUCCGCAUCUUGAAAGACCUGAAGCAGAAGCACCCGGAGAAAGAGAUGGACCAGCUGGUGGAGAUGGCCAACUACUACGCUCUCUCACACCAGCAAAAGAGCCGCGCCUUCUACCGCAUCCAAGCUACGCGCAUGAUGACGGGCGCAGGAAAUAUCCUGAAGAAGCAUGUCGCAGAGCAGGCGAAGAAGAGCAUCAGCGUGCAGGAGGUGCACGUGGAGGAGCCAGAAGAGUACAUGUCUCGGAUUGCGUUCGAUCCUUCCGUCUACCAGUGCCUCGAGAACUGUGGCGCCGCCAUCCUGACCGUCACCAGAAAGGGUGGCGACAUCAACCAGACGAUCUACGUGGAUUAUAAGACGGAGGAUGGCUCGGCUAACGCCGGGGCCGACUACGAGUUCUCAGAGGGCACGGUAGUGUUCAAACCAGGAGAGAUGUUCAAGGAAAUAAACAUUGGCAUCAUAGACGACGACAUCUUUGAAGAGGACGAGCACUUUUUUGUGCGGCUGGGUAAUCUGCGCGUCCUGGAGACGGAGGACGAGGUGCUGUCCCCCAACAGCCUCCCGUACCCCAAGGCCCUGCUGGGCUUCCCCACUGUGGCCACUGUGACCAUUCUGGAUGACGAUCAUUCGGGCAUCUUCACCUUUGAGAGCAGCUCAGUGCACGUCAGUGAGAGCAUGGGUAUCAUGGAGGUGAAAGUGAUCAGGACCUCUGGAGCGAGGGGAACCAUCAUUGUGCCUUUUCGCACCGUGGAGGGACUCGCCAAAGGAGGAGGGGAGGACUUCGAAGACACCUACGGAGAGCUUGAGUUCAAAAACGACGAGACCUGGUUAAAGAGAGCGAGUAGACACGAUGUCAUCGACAUGUACGAGCUUAUCAUAGAUGAUGAUGUCAUGUGUUUCUGUGCACCAAUCACAGUUCAGUAUCGUCACAUGAUGACUUCUCUCUCCGCAGACACCUUCGCCAGUAAGGUAUCAGCCGUGCAGGACACCUACGCAGAUGCCUCCAUCGGGAACGUGACCGGCAGCAACGCCGUCAACGUCUUCCUGGGAAUCGGCCUGGCCUGGUCGGUGGCGGCCAUCUACUGGCACACGAAGGGGAAGCCGUUUGUGGUGGAGGCCGGCUCGCUCGCCUUCUCCAUCACCCUCUUCACCAUCUUCGCCUUCCUGGCCAUCUCGGUGCUGCUUUACCGGCGCAGGGCCCACAUCGGGGGGGAGCUGGGCGGGCCCCGGGGACACAGACUGGCCACGUCAGCCUUCCUCUUCGGCCUGUGGUUCCUCUACAUCCUGUUCUCCAGUCUGGAGGCCUACUGUCAUAUACAGGGCUUCUGAAGCAUACGACACGCUGUACUCUCACGUAGUCUGGUGUGGUAUGUCAGGACAGGAGAGGUUUGGUUUUCAGACACCUCCCUCCCUCUCUCCCCCCCCCCCCACCAACCCCUUCUGUAAGGACACUCGGGGUGAGUGUCCUGCCCCCCCCGGCUGCAGGAGAGGAGCACCUGUGUGUGCUUACAGUUGGGAUUGGGCCGGGCCACUGGAAGAGACUGCAGUCUUAUAUCCGGAGAGAGUUGAGUUAAUCAGAGGUCUAUAUUUUUCUCAACAUCUGACGAGAACUACUUUUUUAAAAAGUAUUUUGGGGAUAAAAAUGCAAAAAAAAACAUAAAACAAAAAAAAAACACACACACACACAAAGAGGAUUUAAAGAAGUAUGUUCUGAUCUACGCUAACAAAUAGCAAAAGAUAUUAUCGUAAUAUGUUGUUGAGUGACAGGGGGAUGGAUUUAUAGUAUUUAUUUUUUAUUUGCAUAGUUUCUUAAGGAGCACUGCAGAGUUCUCAGAAAUCACACGAAGAAGGAGAAGGAGAAGAAGAAGGAGAAGGAGAAGAAGGAGAAGAAGAAGAAGGAGGAGAAGAAGAAGGAAGAAGGAGAAGAAGAAG